AUGCCCUCAGCAUCACCAGAACCAGCGUCCGCAAAGGACGAAUUCAAUGCCGAGAAGCCUGAGAAUGCAGACACAUCCGCCGAGGAAAUCCUUCCCGGAAAGACCGAAAAUGACGCUGCAGCCAAAGCGAGGGAGAGAAUGGAAAGGUUCAAAGCUCUCAAGGCCCGUGCUAAAUCCGGCACAGAGCGCAACCUGAAAGAGACGGCCGCCGAGACACAGCGAUUAGCUACCGAUCCAGCUCUGCUAAAUAACCUCUCCCGCAAACAUGCAUUUGCCUCACACAACCUUCUCAAGGCAGAUACAGAAGCUGCUGGAGAAGAUUUCGAACGGAAGCGAGCAUGGGAUUGGACUGUUGAGGAAUCGGAAAAAUGGGAUCGGCGAAUGGAAAAGAAACAGCGGCAUCGCGAUGAUGUUGCGUUCCAGGACUACACGCAAGAUGCUCGCAAGGUUUACAAGCGCCAGCUGCGUGAACUUCCGCCAGAUCUUGAGGCAUAUGAGAAGGAGAAACUUGCCGCUAUCGAGAAAGCAGCGGCCAAUGGCGAUUUAGAGAUCGUUGAGACUGAGGACGGUGAAAUGAUCGCGAUCGACAAAAAUGGCAGCUUCUAUUCAACUGCGGAUAGUGUGGGCUUCACCGAUAACAAGCCAAGUCGCGCAAAUGUGGACCGAUUGGUGAAUGAUAUCCGCAAGGCGGAAGAGGUCCGCUUGAAGAAGCGCAAGGAGCGUCGCGGAGACGAAGAAGCCGAUGUGACAUACAUCAAUGAGAAGAAUAAGCAGUUCAACCAAAAGCUGGCUCGAUUCUACAACAAGUACACGACCGAGAUCCGGGACAGUUUCGAACGGGGUACUAUGAUCUAA